AUGGCGUCAUUUCCGGCUCGUGCCUAUGUGCAGACCUUUGAUGAGGUACCUCAGGACUACCAGCCAGUGGUGGAAGAGCUGAAAAGCCGUGGAGUGGAGGUGCACUUGCGGACCACGGAAAGCAUGUUGGCCAAGCCCUUCCCCUUGACGAAGGAUGACUUGGUGGUGGGAGACUUCGACUGGACGCGGAUUGCGCUGAAGCAGCUUGGCUGUCCCAUGCCGGCACCGCCCGACUACCCAAAGUGCCUGGAACACUUGCUGCAUCGGAAGAUUUGGCAGUCAACGCUGGGCGAGGUCCGGGAUCAGCUUGCGGCCUUGCCUUCACACAUCGAGCACCAGGUCUUCAUCAAGCCCGCGAUGGACACUAAAGCCUUUUCUGCCAUUAUUGAGCCAAAGGAGCAAAUGCUCGGCACCUUGUUGGACGGGAUUCCUGGCGCUUUGGACCCCUUGCCAGCGGAGAUGCCUGUGCACUGCGCAGAGGUCAUUGAUAUGAUCUCCGAGUAUCGGGUGUAUGUGGUGGAAGGUGAGAUCCGCGCAGUUUGCCACUACAAAGGUCCUUCCCGGGGUGACGGAGCCAUCGAUGAGUUAGUGGUUGAAGAUGCGGUGCGCACGCUAUGCAGCAGUGAGGAAGGUCAUGGGCUAGCAGGGAUGGGAAUGGACUUUGCCGUCAUCAGGCAGCGCACGGGUGAUAGAACUGUCUUCAAGACCUGCCUGGUUGAGGUGAAUGACGGAUACUCUCUGGGCAAGUACAAUGGCGUUUCGGGCAAGGAUUACACAGACCUCCUGAUUGCCAGGUGGAAGCAGUUGGUGCAGAGAUAG